CCACAUCCGACCAUCAGCCAUCAACGUCGCUUAUUCUCGGUUAUCAGCAGGGCUCUCCAGGCCUCCAUAGAUGACUGCCGAAUUAUCUAGAGACAGGCAUGGAGGGCACAUCGACCUUGAAGGACUCGAUCCGAAGCAUUUCCCUUCGGUUAAGUAUAUCGGCCCGAUCAUCCGUGAUGCUAAUUAGAGGUCAAAGCGGGAGGUGUCUCGCAGCGCAUCUGCAGUCUGGUUCUUUGGAUUGGCGCUUAUCUCUCUGGCAAUCGAGCAAAGCGGAUGGUCUGGAAUUGGACCUCCGAAAACUCAGCCCUAGAGCAGAGUUCAAUGUGGCUACUGAGACUUUUGACGACAUUGAGAUCCUGCCACGAACCGUUACGCUUUAGGCUCCGUUACGAUGGACGAUCGAUCUCUGUUCUCGAGCUCUCUAGCCCGCGUUGCCUCGAUCUUUAUGGAGGGAAUGUUUUGUCGCGACCGCCUCCAUGUGCGCGAUGCCCUCCAUCAUGCUGAUCGGGGUGCAGCAACCGAAUUCCAGCCAGGCAGUGUAACGGCGUAUCGGUACCACCGCACCUCGUUUUCGGCCUCCGGCUCGUUUUGGGAGGCAAUUUUGGACGCUACUAAGGAUGACACUUCC